AAAGAAGGCAUUACAAUAUUCUUUUCCGUUCUAUAUGCUAAACGCGUAUCGAUUUGAUCGCACUGCAGUCAGUCGGCGUUCAUAUAUAUACGCCAGGAAGCAAACAAGAAAUAGUCCGGUUCUUUAAACAAGUGUCAGAGACUUUCAAGUAAAAAAGUGACGAGGACAAAUGCAACUCGUUUAAAUAAUGCACAGGCUUACGGAACAACGCUGGGCCGAUUUCUUUUGGAUACUUUUAAAUGCGGCCGUCGUAUGUCAAGGGAUUGCAUUUGUAAGCCCAGCCUGGUUGAAGGUGUUCAUAAAUUUUGAAAAGAAUUACAUAGUGGCGAAAGGAAAGGGUUUGACCAAUGGUGACGAGCAUAAUUCAACGAACAGUAGUACCAUUGCAGCAACAACUGUUGAAAUUACUACACCUGCUCCAAAAAUGGUACCAGUCAAUCAAGAUUAUGGAUUAUGGUAUAUGACACAGUGUCAUGUUGACACGUGGCAAUGUGACACCCUAACGUACUAUCACAUUAAUUUCAUGGAUGAGUCAUACGAUAAAGCUAAGUUUCAGGAGCCCAACCAUUGGUUUCUGGAUCGGACUAACUUGUUUCUAAACGGAGUCGAGUUGCGAUUUGACUAUGCAACGCUUUCUGAGAACCAAGCGGAAUACACGUUAGGACUUCUGGUAUGCUGUGUGGCAUGGUGGCUCGUCUAUAAACAUAGGAAACGACUGGUGAAGAAGAAUCUUGAUAAAGUGACAAGUGCAAGACUGAUUGCUGCAACUGUGACGUCAUUCUUCUCCGGCCUGUUUGUAAUCAUACCAGUAGGGCGGUUUGGCAAUAUGUGCGACCAGCUGAGAGCCCUUGCAAUGGAUUAUCCAAGUAGAAUAGCUGUACACAAACCAGUAGGUCUCGGAUUCGCGGCUGCAGGGGGCUCUAUUGCUUUGUUGGUGUCCUUCGUCAUUGGUCUUCGGAUAAUACUGAGGAGUUAUUGCCCCGACUGUGUUGAUCUUCCUGCUGCUGAUGAAGUUAUGAUGAGGGAAACAGUCAACCAAGUCAACAAUGGUGCGGAGAAAAGACAGUCUCAAAAUAGCAUUUAAACUGGACGAAAACAGAACAUACACAAGAAAAGCAUUGAUGCAAAGCAUCAAAGGGCGUCCAAGCAAGAAAUGCAGCAGGUGAAGAUGAACUAGUAGAUAUAUGAUUAUAAACUUUUCAAUGGUUAAUUGGUUUUUACCAGAAUUGUAUAUCACUUAUGAAUGAACGGACGAAAGACAUUGUUCAUUAUUAACUUUGAUUGGCAUGCUAGAGAUUAGAAUAUUACUUGUUAUUUCUUUAUGAUCGUGAUUAUUAAUAGCAACGGAUAUACCUGUAUACAAUCAUUUAUAAUGCAUGAUCAACACCACACUUGUGUAAUUGUCCCUUAUUAUGUCCCUUCACACUUACAAACAAUAUGACACUGGUUACAUUACCAUGUUGAUCAUGUUGAGCAUAAUUGUUUAUUAUACAAUAAUUGUAAUAUCUAUUUUAAUAAAAAAAAUACAGAUUUUAUGAAUAUUGUUUUCUUUUCUUUUUUUUUGUGUGUUUUAUGUGCUAUUUUAAUACUGAGUUUUUACGUUUACUACUAUUUUAAGAAUUCAAUUGUCAUAUUGACCGACGAUUAUAAGUAAAAACUUAACUGGAAAAAGUCAGUAAAUUAUGGUUAAUCUUUCAAUAUAUAAUAUUGUUUAUUCUUAAACCAUAUACAUGUACAUUUGUAUUUUUCUUUAUCAUUUUUUAAAUUAUCAAUCAAUUGAAUAAUUCAUAAAAUCUAAUUUGUAACUUUGAAUAAUUCCUCGGCAUCUUUACUAAACACGAAUAACAAAUUAAAUAAAAUGUUUCAAAGUUGAUAGUGUCAUAUUAAUACCAUAAAAAUGUACCUUUUUUCUCAAUUAUUGUACAUAUUUAUUGUUUUUAUCUCAUAUAGAUAAAAUAAAACAUGCUAUUGUUGUUGUUGGUUUUUUUUUCGAAUUGUAUGUUUAUGUAUAAUAAUAAUCAAUAAAUUUGAGAGUUGAUCUGUGUUUAUUAAUUAUUGUAACCAAACUAAGUGACAAACAUUCAUUUUGAAAAAAAACUUAUAUAACUGUAAAAUAUUUGUUCUGUUCUGUAACGAUAUCAAACAUCUACUCCAAAACCGGGAGAGACCGGACAAUAAACGUGUGGUACUAUUCGCCGGUCACUAGUAAAUCCCGGUCAAAAUAGACCAGGAGAGACCGGGAAUUACCGAUAGGAGUACAUCCCUCUAUAAAUAGAUUUUCGGAAUAUUUAGGUCAUCAACUCAUCAUUCUAUUCAGCUUUCGGAUACAUGUACCAUAAUAACCCACUGUGUACUACAAAAUGAUAAAUAAAAAUACCCCGAA